UCUCUGCUUUCCUUACAGAACAUAACCUUAUUAUUCUCGUCCUUCUCCUCAUAAUUUUCAUAUUGCAUUGAAGAUAUAUGGAUUCCUUAAAGGACCAUGUUGAGGCCAAAAAAGAAAAACGAUAUAUCGGAGUUCGAAAGCGGCCAUGGGGAAAGUAUGCAGCAGAGAUAAGGGAUUCAACCAGAAAUGGAAUAAGGGUUUGGCUUGGAACAUUUAACACUGCUGAAGAAGCUGCAUUGGUGUAUGAUCAAGCUGCAUAUUCGAUGCGCGGUUCGUUGGCUUCAACAAAUUUUCCCAUUGAAAUUGUGAGAGAAUCACUAUUAAAGAUGAAUUAUAGGUGCAAGUACGGUUCAUCACCAGCUGAAACCCUAAAAGAGACGCACAAACGCAGAGGUAAAUUGAUAAAGAAACGAGCUGGUGAAGAAGAUGAAAUGGUGGUUCUUGUGGACUUGGGGCCUGAUCUACUGGAAGAGCUUUUAGCAUUUUCUUAA